AUGGUCAUUCGUCACUUGCCCUACUUGUCAUUAGGUCUCGACAUCCUCAAGGAGUUGUUGGCUCGUGUUUCGGAACAAGAUGAGAAGAUUUCACAGCCAUUCUAUCAACGCUACUAUAUCGAUCUUCUGAAGCACGUGUUGGCUGUCGCUUGCGAUAGUUCUCAGGUUCACGUUGCUGGAUUGACCUACUAUGCGGAAGUGUUGUGCGCUUUGUUCCGAGCUCCAGAGUUUUCGAUCAAGGUCCCACUGAAUCCGGAGAAUCCGUCUCAGCCAAACAUUGAGUACAUAUACGAGCACAUCGGCGGAAACUUCCAGACUCAUUUUGAUAACAUGAAUCAAGACCAAAUUCGUAUCAUCAUCAAGGGAUUCUUCUCAUUCAACACUGAAAUCGCCAGUAUGCGCAACCAUCUUCGUGAUUUCUUGAUUCAAAUCAAAGAGCACAACGGAGAGGACACAUCUGAUUUGUAUCUGGAAGAGCGCGAGGCUGAGAUUCAACAGGCACAGCAGCGUAAGCGUGCCGUGCCCGGAAUCCUCAAGCCUGAUGAGGUCGAUGAUGAGGAGAUGCGCUAA